GUUGUGUGUGUCUUUUGGUGGAGGAAUGCUUGUCACCUACUCCUUUUUAAGUUGUCCAAUCUCUCUUAUAUGCUUCUUCUAGCUCCUCCUCUAUAGAAAGAGAAAUAAGUAAAGCUUUGAUCUUUACUUGCUCUAUCUGCUUCUUCAAUGGAGAGGCACAAAUGCAAGCUCUGCACUAGAACUUUUGCCAAUGGGAGAGCUUUAGGUGGUCACAUGAAGGCCCACUUAGCCACCUUACCUCUCCCUCCAAGAACCACAGCGAUUCAUCAACAGCAGCAGCAACUCGGUGCUGAGUCAGCUUCAUCUUCCUAUUCUUCUUCUGGUGAAGAACACGAACACGAACACGAACAGGAAAUGAACAGCUUUGAAGUUGAAGAGAAGGCUUUGGUUUAUGGGUUAAGAGAGAAUCCCAAGAGAAGUUUCAGGUUUGCAGAUCCUGAGUUUUCUUUUGCUGUUGAUGCUGGUUCUGUUGUUGUUCAAGAUAGAGAAAGUGAGACCGAGUCGAGAAACCCAACUCGCAGACGAUCUAAAAGAACUCGAAAAUCGGGUUUUCUUGAUAAUCAGAAGCAUAAUCUCGACGUUAAGAAACUUAAGUUCAAGAAUCCCAGUUCGUCGGCUGCUGAGUCUGAGUCUCCGCCACCGCCACCGGUGGAGCCAGAACCGGUAAGUUCAGUCUCAGAUACUUCCCCUGAAGAAGAUGUUGCUAUGUGUCUUAUGAUGCUUUCGAGAGAUGUUUGGAUGAGAAACAGUGACGCAGAACAAGAUCAAGAACAAGGCAGUUACAAUAAAUUAGGCGGAGAAGGAUCAAUCGAUCAUAUGGUGUUGUUGGGGAAUACGAGAAAAGAGGAGAUCAUCAAAGUCAGAAAGAUUCGCGGGAAGUUCAGAUGUGAGAAAUGUAUGAAACUAUUUCGAUCUUCUCAAGCAUUGGUUACGCAUAAGAAGAUUUGCUGUUUAAAUGGAACAGAGCUAAGAAAGAAUGACAGCAAUGAGCGAAUUUUUGAGUGCCCUUAUUGCUUCAAAGUUUUUGGGUCUGGACAAGCACUCGGCGGGCAUAAAAGAUCGCAUCUUAUGGGUUCUUCCACGGUUGCUUCUGCUGCCGCUGCUGAAAAUUCUUCUAAACACGAAAACAAUCUGAUAGAUCUUAACUUACCUGCUCCAAUAGACGACGAUGACUAUAGCGUGGUCUCUGAUGCCUAAUCCAUAGACACUAUCAAGUUCAUUUAAGUCGAAUUAUUAUUUUUUUUUUUUCUUUCUGCAAUUUGAUUAAGUGGGUAUUUGUAGUUAUAGAAAUAUUUGCCUAUUAUCUUCAUUUUUGCA